UAAAAAUAUAGUACCCUCUUACAGGACUUCUAAAAAUUCAACACAGUCAAUACAUCUUUUUAACGUUAUUGGCGUCAUUGACCGGAUUGUAAUAAAGAAGGAAGAAGGCACUCCUGUUAGGACAGUGGACAGCAUGACAGCCGUUGACUUUAUACCAUCUGAAGGGGACAUUGACAGUCUACAAAAAGAACUAACGUUCCUUGUGGCCAGAUCUGUUAUCCAAAAUAUUAAACAAAUGGAAGAUUUGUUUGGGAAAAUUUACCCUGGCCAUCUGGAGCAUAUCCACAGUAAUGAAGCUGGAAUGAAAACUUCGCAGUAUUCUCUUGGUCUUUUUGAUUGUGAUGAAAAGAAAACAGCAGAUGUCAUAAGGUUGUUGCAAAACUUGACAGAGAAAUACGUUCCCAAGAAGGAUGGGGAGAUUGUUGAAGAAGUUUUUUUUGGAGGAGACAGACUGACUGAUGAAAAAAUUCAGGUUGCUCAGCAAGCAAUGAGAAAUGCUGACAGUGGCUUAGAGAGGUUAGAAGGCUUCAUUUCAAAGAUAGAGGAUUUUCAUCGCUUAAUGAAUUUUCUGGAGGCAAUCCACAGGCUGUCAUACAAUACACAGUCUUCCAGAGAUAGGGGAACUGUACAUUAUUACAGAAACUUACUGAAUGCGCGAAAUGUCAAGGGCGAAGUAAAAAACUCUUACCGGGCAUAUAAGCAGCUAUAUUACACAUUGUUUGAUGCCAUUUGCUGUGUGCUGUUCCUUAAGAAAUUUGAAUUGGAUAGCUGUGAUUCAACUAUUCCAGUACCACAAGGCAUAAAAGAUUGGGAAGCAGAUCAACAGUUACAAUGGCUAAAUGACAAGUGUGGUGAAAUUGUAAAAGAGAUUUUUCCUCAUGAUUUAUUUGCAGAAUUGCAGAAUGUGCUCGCAGAUCCUGAUCACGAGGAAAAUUACUGGGUUAAUUCUAUUGAAAAUGACAAUUUCAAGUGCCACUUCUGUAAUUCAAGGUAUAAAUAUGUAACAUCUUUGAAAAUGCAUGAAAAAACUAAACAUCAAGUUAACAUGUCUGCCAAGGUCCAAACAACAAACUCAUUGCUUAGGCAAACAGAUGAACUGAAUGACUAUCUUGUUUCAGUUUUCCGUCUAACAGCUCUUCACCAAAACUUAAACAGUGCUGUUGAUAUGGGUGAUGGCUACAGAGUAGUAAGGAGUGCCAAAUUUGAAACGCCUAUAUACAACAGGACCAACAAAGUUAAAUAUUUGAUAGGAAGUGUACAUCUUACAGCACUUGUGUCUGGCACAUUACCGGCUCACCAAUCAAAGCGCUUAAUUGCAAACAGAUUUAUCAAUAUUUCAGGUGGGAAGAACAAUAAUUUGUCUUUGGAUGAAUUUGUUGAAAUUUUAAACAGAGACACCAAAAAUGCAACACAUGGCUUUCAAACAAAAGACAGUAUUGUGCAACAUUCAAAAGAAUUUCCCCAUCUUGUUCAUGCAGUUAAACAUUUUGAUGCUAUGUGUGAAGUAAAAAAAAGAAAAGGGUUUCACAAACUUCCUUCAUACAAGGAGGAUGUCAAAAAGGUUUUGAUAGAUUUGCUGUCUAUUAAUGGUUUAGAAGUUCGUCCUGGCCGCACACUUCAUUGCCGUAAAAUUGUGCAAAAAAGCAGCAAUCCUUUCAGUGACUGUUUUGUUGGUUUGCCAGUAAUGAUUGCCAGACACAAGCCAGAAUUGCCAUUCAGACGUUUGCGGAAUAAGAACAUGUAAUCUUUCCAAUGUCUUUUCGUUUUGUGUUUUGAAGUACAACUGUACAUGUAAACAAGGGUGCAAUAGCAACAAAAUACGCCUGUUUGUAGUAAAUAUAUUCAAUCAAAUAUAUACCUGUUAAAAUUAAACGUUUUUAGGUCAAUAUAAAAUAUGCAUAAUGUGGUGAGGCACAAUCAGACUGAAGAUGUUAGUUUCUGCUGCAUUCAAUUAUAAACUCUAUAAAAACUCAGGAUGUGGUUAAAUUUGACCUUUAACCUCAGAAGAGUGACCUUGACCUAUGAGCAAAGGAGCUGCUUCUUGCGCAUGAAACAUUUGUGUGAAGUUUAAUUGUGCUUCACAUAAAAAGCUAAACAAGAUAAAAUCUACAACAUUUUAUAAUUUAAUUUUAACUUUAUUCUUCAUUAAAAUGCUAUAUUCAUUAUACUGUUCAUUUUUCUUCUUGCAUAAGGUAUAUAGUGAAUUAUAGCCAUUGACUAUAACAAUUGUUUUUUAAUAUGUGGUGAGGCAAAAUAUUAGUACAUGAUUGUAUUUUAUUAGAUACUACAUCAUU